GUGUGUGUGUGUGUGUGUGUGUGUGGUUAAGUAAAACCUAAUUUGGUCUUUUCUGGGCGUGGACCUCUCGCAGUCCUGGAAAGGAAGAGAAGCGGAGCUGAGAGUAGGGAGGAUAUCUCACAUACCACACCGAUCUCCUGCUAAACAAAAGUCCAGGGAACGAAGAAGAAAAAAACAGGCACAAAAGGUUUCCCUAAACUAGGAAGUCCAGACUACUCCCUGCACCUGAGGAAGGGCAUUGGACCAACGGCUUUGAUUAAAUUUCAUUAGCUGUCUUUGACAAACUUGAAAGAAAUCAUCUGCUUGUAAUCAUGCCUUUGGUUGUGCUGCAGACCUCGCGCGUGAUGUGGGCCCGCCUGGCUGCGCUGGUGUUCACAUGCGUGACGUUCAGCGUGGCUGCUCACGGCACGCAUUUGAGUGGCGGCAUGUAUGACUGGUGCAUGUUCUGCUGGGUGUUCAGCUUCAUCGGCACGCUGUUGGUGCUGAUUGUGGAGCUCCUGAACCUCCAGUCGCGUACGCCUGUCUCGUGGACCAACUUUCCCAUCACGCUGGCGUGCUAUGCAGGUCUGCUGUGCCUCUCGGCUUCCAUCAUCUUCCCACUGUACUUCAUUAAGGGCAGUACCUAUAGCUCUGAGGCACGUGACUACAGAAUCGUCAGUACAGUUUUCUCCUGCCUGGCCACGGUGGCAUACCUAGUGGAAGUGAGCCUGACGCGGGCACGGCCUGGUGAAGUUGCCGCCUACAUGGCAACGGUGCCUGGCCUCCUGAAGGUCUGUGAGACAUUUGUAGCCAGCGUUAUUUUUGUGUUUAUCAGUAAUCCUGUGUCGUACGAUCAACAUCCAGCGUUGAAGUGGUGCAUGGCUGUGUACUGUAUCUGCUUCAUCAUAUCCGCUGCCAUCGUGGUGAUGUGCGUUGGAGAAUGUACCGGCUUCCUUCCGUUCCCGUUUGCCCGUUUCCUCUCCGCUUACGCCCUAUUGGCUGUCGUGAUGUACCUCAGUGCUACCAUCAUCUGGCCCGUGUUUAAGUUCGACAGUAAAUAUAACAGUCAGUCUCGGAGGCCUAGUUCCUGCAGUCAGUCUCAGAGUCCCUGCGAUUGGGAUAAACUGGUGAUCAUAGCCGUUCUGACAGGCCUUAACUUUCUGAUCUACCUGGCAGAUCUGGUGUACUCUGCACGACUCGUGUUUGUCCGUGCUUGAAAAGUCAAAAUGACAAGAAAAUCAGUGAAUGUUUUAUCUUCACCAGGGAUGCUUCAAUAGUCAAUUUUCAUAUCACGAAAUGUCCUCUAUAAACCCCAAAUAAAAUAUAGGAUUAGAGUAAAAAUUUGCCCAAAAUAGUUGUGCGCCACAAAGGAAUUAAAAACAAGAUGUUAGCCGGCUAUUAAAAAUAUGAUAUGAUUCUCUUUAGUACAUUUCUCCAGUCAUGUCAUUAAGUAACUGCUUCAAGCUUGACUUCUUAUAAUUCCUUAUGAAGGGAAAACUUUCCAUUGUAUCGAACCUAAUCACCUAAUGCUAGCAAUCUACUAAGAUCAGCUAGUUAGCUUACCUUGUUACAAGCAAGCCAUUAGGGCUAUUAUGAGCUAGCUACCUCUACCUUUUUAAACAUUACUUGCCAAUAUUAUUAAAACAAAACAAGAAUCUUUGUCAGAUAUUAACUAGCUAAGAUUUACAGUUUACACAAGAUUUGACACACUUCCCUUUCGGAAAGUUGUUAUUUUUUUCCAUGAUGAUGUUUUUAGAGUUGAAAUAUCGUGAUAUAUUGGAUAAUUGAUUAUCGGUUAAUGCCUAACGUCUAUCACUGUUGCCUUUAUGUAAAACAUCCACUUGUUGAGCUGUGCCUGAAUGUAUUUGUGCUGUUUUGAUGCAAAGUAUAUAUCUAUCUCUAUCAUAUAAUAUCUGCCUCACGAUGUUUGCGUUUUUCACCGUUGCCUUUAUGCGAGACAUUCAGACACUUCUCAACUGAGAGACCUGCAAACCCUGUGCCUGAUAUAUUCUGAAUUGGAUUUUAUGUUAGUUGCUUAUAUUAUGAGUGAAUUGGAAAUGUUUUUUUAUUCUACUGCAUAACCCAGGUUUUCACCAUGUAGGAUUAGAAAUAUUUUAUGGUUUUCUUUAUGCAACAGACAUAAUGUUUAUGUAAUCUUUAUGUAAUGGACUCUAGCAAAGUCAGUCACUCUACAUUUGUAAUCAAGGUAAAUGUGUGCCUUUUUUGUAACAGCUUUUUUAAAAACAUUACUUGCCAAUAUGAUUAAAACGAAACAAGAUUUUUUCUCGGAUAUUAACUAGCUAAGAUGUAGCUGGCUGGAGAAUUUUACUAAAAGGCAAAAACUUCAGUUGGUUCACAUAGAAUAAUUAGUUUCAUAAUAUUUCUGAAAGUCAUUUUGGGAUAUUUAUCGUGGCUUGUGUAUGUAGACAUAUAUAUAUCCAGACUUGAGCUUAAAGUGUCAUAUAUUUCAGUGUUAAGUGAAUACAAAUGUCACAUGUUUGAGCUUGUUGCACUCUGCUACAUUUAUGGAUGCAAAGUUCAGUGUUAAAAUAUAUACCAGUCAUAAAGUUUUGCAUUUUAUGUGCCA